UCAAAAUUCGUUACAUUUCAUGUGAUGGAAUAAUAGUCGUCGAUUUGUUUUUAAGAUUGAUCGUCAAUCAUUGUACAAAUGCCAGAAAACGUUGACUCAACCCCGUCAACUUGGAACAAUUUUCUCUCCUCUUCAAUGAAACCCCACCGUUAAUGGCGGCUCAUUUUCUACUUCCAUCAAAUUCUUCAACCCAGAAGAAUUCUUCAACCCAGAAGACCACCCAAUUCAUCACUACCAACACUCCACAACCAUCCUCCUACUCCUCUCUCUCUCUCUAGACUAUACCCACUUUCUCUCUCUAGAUUAUACCCACUUUCUCUCUCUAAAUCUAAUUCCUCAUGGACGGAACUCUCCAGGCCGUUCUGGCAGCUGCAGCUAGCUUCUUCCUCAUCAUGUCAAUCUUCGCCGUCCUCUUCCUCCUCUGCAAAGGAGGCAAACGCCGAGACCCAGAGGCCGGACACGGAGUCCGGACCCGAGCCGUGUCGGAUCCUGAUUCGAUCGGAGAGAGCGCGUCGUUCGACCCAGCCUUGAACCGGAUCUCCAUGGCGGAGCUCCGCCGUGCCACCCGAGACUUCUCCCCGGACCUCAUCGUCGGCGACGGCAGCUUCGGCCUCGUUUACAAGGCUUGUCUCUCCAGUGGCGUCACCGUCGCCGUCAAGAAACUGGCCGCCGAUGCCUUCCAAGGGUUCCGAGAGUUUCGGGCCGAGAUGGAAACCCUAGGGAAAGUCCGACACCAGAAUGUUGUGAAGAUUCUCGGGUACUACGCGAGAGGUCCGGAUCGGAUCUUAAUUUACGAGUUCAUCCAGGAGGGAAGUCUCGACCAAUGGCUACAUGACAUGUCAGCGCCAGUACCAGGAUCAGAAGGUGACGUGUCAAUGUCAAACCCAAGAUUACCGUUAUCUUGGGAUGUGAGAGUUAAGAUUAUUAGAGGUGUAGCAAAUGGUCUGUCACAUAUGCAUAAUUUGGUGACACCAAUUAUUCAUAGAGAUAUCAAGUCUAGUAACGUGCUAUUAGACUCGGAAUUCGAGGCACAUAUAGCGGAUUUUGGGUUAGCUCGAUUAAUCGAGGGAUCACAUUCACAUGUGUCGACUCAGGUGGCCGGAACAAUGGGGUACAUGCCUCCCGAGUACAUAAACGGGUUCACGAUGGCGACAAUGAUAGGAGACAUAUAUAGUUUUGGAGUACUAAUGUUAGAAAUCGGGACGGGAAGACGUCCCAAUUGGCCGAUCAUGGAGGCCGGAAAGGAAAUUAGGUUAGUGGAAUGGGCCAGGAAAAUGGUGGUGCUAAAGCGGCAAAUGGAAAUAUUGGACGCUAACAUUCCAAGGGAUGGGCUAAUCGAAGGCAAUGUGGUGGAAUUUUUUAGGGUUGCUUGUUUGUGCACUAGUGACAGCGGCAAGUUUAGGCCUGCCAUGAAAGAGGUGGUCGAGUUGUUGAAUCGAAUUUCGACAUGAAAUCAAAAUGUGUCACAUUUGGUGUGACAAGAGGGAAAUUAUUGCCGCAUUCACUUUGUUCAUGGUCUUAAUCAAGUGAGAUCAUGAUUGUAAUUGACAGAAGUGAAUUGUGUAAUUAGAUUUUGGUUGAACAUGGUCGUUGAUCAUACCACUUCUAUCAUAUAAUAUAAGGUAUGCCAUGUAGUUGUUUCUUUUGCGUAUAGUGCUAUAUAUAUAUAGCUCCCACAAAUCCUUCUUGUUUUAGGCCAAAAGUUGAUUUAAUUUUCAAUACAAUAUGAAGUAUGUGAUGGACCUGUC